CAGCGAGAGCGCACGUGCGACUGCCCCGCCCCUUCCAGCUGCCUCCCAAAAGCGCGAGCGAAUUUUUGGCGCGCACUUUUGUGAACGUUCAAUUGCAUCAAUUAUUUGGCAUUUUUUUUAGUGCUUUACCAGGAGCCCUUUUUUGUGGUUGAGGUUGCGUGUGUGCGGCUGUCGAAAUUAUUAUUGUAAUCGCAGAUGUAACCUGGCCCGUGAGUGUGUGGCUAAUUGCAGGGCGCACUUGAAAUAUUCAUGGGGCAAGUGCAGCGACAAAGGGCUGAAUAAUUCACCAGAACUACUUGUUUUUUUGCUCACACCGCCUUGCGGGUGUGCGAGUGGCUGCCAGGAGGUGAAAACAAAAAGCCGGCGAUCCGACGAACAUGUAAAUCGAAGCUCAAAUGGCAGCGAGCAACAAGCCCCGGUACAGGAACAAAUCCCUCGGCGCCGCCCUGGAGUGCCUCCUGCACCUCGUCCUGUUCGCCAGAGUUGUGCAUCUGGAGGUUUUGGCCGAGGAGGUAACCACUGCAGCAAGUCUGUCCGAAGAAUGGGGCUCUGGAUGGCGGGGCACCAAUUUCCUGGUCGAGGUCGAACAAACCGCGCCCAUUUCGCCACCCUCGUCGGCGUCCUCGAAUGGCAGCGAGGACUACAUCGGGGAGCUGGGCAGCCAGGAGGUGGACGAGGGAUUCACAACAGGUGCCACCACAGGGGCCUCCAAUGCCACGGCCGUGGAAACAGGACCCAAGAUCAUUGUGCGCACCGAGGAGGUCCUGAUUGUGGGCCUGGUCCUGGUGCUAUGGGUGGGCGCCAUCAUGCUCUUCUUCAACCGCUGGGGCAAGAUCCGGAUGCUGGAGCCGUACCAGCCCAAGUUCCAGCAGCAGCACCGCAGUUCCUGUCCGCUGGUCGACUUGGAUGCGGUCACCACGCACCAGCGCUCCUCCGUGUCGCGGAUGUCGAUGGGCAUGGUGCACAAUCUCAAUAUGCCGACGUGUCAAUUUGCGGCCUAUAAUCCCAACAUGUAUGCCAAGGGCUACGCCUCGCAUGUUUCGGCGUCGCGUCCCCGCCAGAACUCGGUGUUCGUGGGGGCCAGCACCAGCCACUACCUAAUGCCGAGGCCCCCGAGAAAGACCCGGUCGGCGAUGGACCUGCACUCCAUGGUUCUGGACGAGAGCGCCGAGCAGGUGUAGGACUCCAGGGGGCGUCCCGUGGUUAGGUUCCAAGGCUCUGUGGGAGCCAGUCAGUGUGUAAGUCGUCGCGGUGUGAGUGCGUGUGUGAGGUCCAUAUUCUUCGAGUGUUUCAAACAAAAUGUCGCAGGAGUGCACGCAAAUCACUUGGUGAGGCGCCCGAGAGCAUGCUACGAAAUAUUUUCCGCGUUCAACUUUUCACAGCAUACUUUUAACCACCUUCCCAAUUGCUUUUAAGCCUUUUCAGAUUUCUGGUGUAUAUUUGUAUAAAAUAUAUCAAAAACUGUUGAAGAAAAUCUUAACUAAAAGUUUUCAAAGCGCUGGUCUGCGUAGACAACCUUUAAAGCAUGCCUUUUGACAUCACGACGGCGAUUUUUAAACUCAAAAGAUGUUCUAAGACACAAAAAAUACCAGAACAAUUAAUAACAGUUUAAACACUAGAAGAGAAUGGAUUUAGUCGUAGUAAAAAUGCGGUUUUCUUUUAUAUUCGGGUGCCUGCAAUGGAGGGAGCAAGGAAUGAAAGGUGGAAUAGCACUGUCCAAUAUUUGCAACUACUUAUAUUUACCACUCACAACUAACUCUAUGCCAUUUCCUAACUAUCUCUGUCGCACACAUAUUUAUUUCUGUGCUGGCACAGAGUCAAUUUGAGUCAAUUUUAUUUAGGACCACCAAACACACACAAUUAUCAGCUAAAUAUGCCGAAAAUAUGUAGAAGUAUCUAUCUUAGCGUAUUCUUAGCCCUAUCCAGUUUUACUCAACGUAGUCUAUGCCUAACCCGAUUCUUCUAGCGUGUUUCUACUACCUACUACACAACUACUGCUAUUGGAUGCCAGAGCAAAUUGUUAAAUACCCAUAUGUGUACACUUAAAGUAAAUAAAUGUAUCCGCGAAACUCUUUAGUUUGUAAGCCCAAAGCUCAAAAGCCGAUCAGCAUACAACUCCAAACUUGACCAAGUUCCCGAAUCGACAUGUUUUUUAAUCGAUUUUUUUUUUAAGCACCUCUGUAUUGCACUCUCAAAUGUAUCGUAGCUUAAGUAACUUCGACCAACAAAACAAGAAGAGUAUGAGUGUUGUAAGCAGAUGGAUCGGAAAACGAGGGUAGGGGAUAGAAAAUAUGAAAGUGGUGUGGAAAAUGAACAACUAACUAACGAAAGCUUUAAAUUCCUUGGGUCUCCUGGGGACCUGCAAACCAAAAACCCAUCCAGAUCGAAGUAAACUAAACCAAAGCUGAGAAUUAUACUUUAGGCCUAAGAUAACUACAGGUGCGUGUAAGUCACUACCAAAAAGUCUAGUGGCAAUAUGUGGAUCAAUGUACACUUUACCAAAACCAAAGGAAUAUAACCUCAACUUAACGAUAACUCACGCAGUCAGACAUUUUUCCUCACAACUCAGAAAACCAAAGAAAAACGAAUGUUGAAUAUUAAUGUUUAAUUAACUUGUUUACAAUAUUUACAAGGCCUGAGCAAAACCAAUUAUAUAUACACUCGUGUAAUAUAUCAAAAACCAAACUAUGUAUACAUAAAAUAUAUAUACAUGUAUGUAUAAACCAAAAACAAUUAUAUACAUUUUGAUGAAUUCGAUUAAAAACUAUAUUUGAAGCGAA